AUGCUAAGCACGAUGCGGUCGUCGUGGCUUCUGUUCGCGCUGCUGGCUCUCGUCGCCCUGUCGACCGCCUUCAGCGUCGAGGACGCCCUCAACGUCGACGGCAUCAACGCCUACCUCCACCACGGCGAGAAGCGCCAGGCACAGGGCACCGGCGCCUCGUCUUCUGCCGCACCCUCCACGACUGAGGAGCCAUCAUCCACAGAGGACGCGCCGUCGUCGACAGCAGCAGCGCCCUCGUCCACCGCCACACCCACUUCUCCAGCAGCGGACCCUUCGUCGUCCGAAGAGGCUCCAUCGUCUUCCGAUGCGGCCCCAACGUCGCAGACCGAGCGCUCAUCGGCCGCAGCUGCCACCACAACCGACGCGCCUGCUGCUUCCAAGUCGUCUGCAAAGGUCACCACCCCCAGCUUCACGACCAAAGUCCUUGUAUCCACAGAAGUCGCGCCGACUACCACCGUCAUUACCUUCGUUAGCAACGGACAGACUGCAGUACAGACAAGCGUUGGAUCAAGGACCGUUGAACACACCACCGGCACCACUGUCGAGUCGUCACUGCCAACAACGGGAGCCAGUAGUAGUGGCGGCGGCGGCCUCAGCUCCACCAACAAGUCCAUUAUCGGCGGUGUUGUGGGUGGCGUCGGUGGCGCCAUCCUUCUCGGUGGUAUUGCUAUCGUAUGCUGGCGCAUGUGGGGAAAGAAGAAGCGUGUCACCGAAGACGACGCAGACCUGAUGGCCGGCACAGGCUCCGCCCUUGGCGACAAACCGCACAGCAACGCAAGCCCUUUCCAGUCCAACCUCGAGCAGUACCACAACCCUGGUGGCCGACCAAACGCGGCUGCCAAUUUUUAG